AUAGUUUAUCAGUUACACUGAAUGUAGAACAUUGUAUCUCUUCUAUCCACGUCAGCAGUGUCAUUCUUCUGUAUAGUUUUGUUUGAUUAUCACAAUGAAAGUUUCUACAGCAUUGGUUGCGAUCUGGUAAAUCUACAUAUUCGGGCCAAAUGUUGACGCACUGACCUGUCUGAAGUGCGACUACGUGGUGCAGCCACGACACUGUAAAUCGGCCAUCUCAUGUCCGGACGAUGAUGUAAAUAAUGUAUAGCGUUGUUGUAUAUUUUUUGUUAUCCCCGCCUCAAAGCGGAAGGGGUUUUAUAGGAAAGCCAUCUUCCGUCAGUCCGUCCGGCCGUCAGUCUUAGCAUAAUUACGCAAUAUUGACAAAAUGUCACAGACUUGUUUGAAGGUAAAAAAAAUUAGCCUCUCUUUUCUAAGCCAGUCCAUAGCAAUGAUGCUCUAUGAAGAACAUUCAUGAAUUUGGACUAUAUAAAGGUCAUUGAGAUAAUGUGAAGAUGUCAUGGGUCGGUCACACCGGCUGUAUGUCUUUGUCACAAUUGAAUGUAUUUUAUGUGCGUUUCAAUUGUAAAUGUGUCUGUAGUAUAUCAUGACAUAUUAUAUUUGUGUUAAACAAACAUUUGCAUCAUUAUUUGAGUCGGUUGCGUCGUCAAAACAAACUAAUUAGCUAAAAGUGUCUAUGCAUUGUAACUAUCAGUAUCUGGUAUCUAUAACAGAUAUUUAUUAAAAUUACGAAAUUAUUUCAAUUUUCGUACAUGUAUACGUAUUAGCAAGAGUUACAAUAUUGUGAAUGAAAUCAUAAUAUUUUACUGAUUUCAAAUCAAAUAUUUCUGAUCUGUAUGAAAGUUUUUUUAACUUCAAAGCGCCAUUUAUCGUGUUAACUUAAGCGCCGUUGAAUCAAUUCAGAUUAAAAUGGUACUUUAACAGGUGCUAAAUUAUCAUGGGAAUCAAGAAGUAUGAUAACCCAAUUUUGGACAAAUAAUUUAGCAUGUUAUUUUGAGAUUUAACGAACUACUGAUUCCAAAAUUAACUAUUAAAUGCAGUAUAGUCUUUACACGAAGCAAACACUUACUCGUUAUUUGCUGUUUGCAAGUUGUAAUGAUUGAAUUGAUGUCGAGAUAUUAAACGUAGUUCCUGCUUGUUAUUUUCAGUCGUGCUUUGUUGAGAGACAGACAAAUGCCUUUAGUGAAAUAGGCUUCCACCUUGGAUGUCUCGCAAAACGUGUAUGCGUGAAAAACCCUUUUUAAUAAAUAUUGCAAAGAAAAAUAUGUAAACGUUAACUGAUUCCAUUCCCACUUCGGUGCUCAUUUUGUUUUUGGUUUCUGGGAAUUCAUGGUAAUAGGUAUAUGUUUAGUACAUAUAUUGUAUCAGUAGAUGAUUUUGAUAUAUAAGUCCUUGAAUGGCAUAAUGUUUAUAAGUGAGAUGAUGUAUUAUCCCUAAUACAAGUUUUUAAUUUUAAAAACAGUCGUGCAUAAAUUCAACCUCCAGUUCGAGUCAUUGUACCCAGUGUUGUGACAAGGAUAUGUGUAAGCAGGUCGUAUGCGGCGAAGACGGUAAAGUGAAAAAUAAUCUUUAAAAUGAGACACAUCGUCGUGGGAUCUAAAAAAUCUUAUGGAAAUAAAUUAAAAAAAUUGUAUUAUGCUAUUAGAAUUGCAUGUCAACUGCGUACACUGUCAGUCAAAUCCCACCAACACCCAAGCAAAAAACACCUCCAUCUUUUUAAAAAUCAUGUCAACAGCAUCGCUUAUUUAAACCUAGAACUUUGAAUUAAAUAGCAUAUAUUAAGCAAAGGAUCACACAAGUCAGAUAGCUUAUAAGACGCAAUGGAAAGCUUAUCACAAUACGGAUAAAAAACAGCAUCAAAUAUAUAUUUUUAAAUUAAAUACUUUAAAGCCCAUGUUAUGACACAACACGUAACACAUAUAGUAGCUUUAAACAAUAUACAUUUAAUUAAAUUAAGUUGACGUUUUGUUUCAUGUGUUUUAUAAAGGAUAUCCGUCUCAACGUAGACCCGUGUGCUAUAGUUGUGAUAAUCCGUUACCUGAAGGUCGUUGCCAUAGUAUUGACGUUUGUCAAGAAGGAGAGGUGUGCAGUCUCAGUGGUGAGGACACUUUUGGAACCAUACUAUUUACAUCCAGCUGCUUGCCAAAAGACCACUGUGUCUCCCACCCUGGAGGCGCCCUCAUUGGUAGAAGCAGUCAAAUAACCUCCACUCUAACAAGGUCAAAUGGUCUGCAUGAUUGUCUCUACUGUUGCGAAGAUGACCUGUGUAACACAAGUUGCCAAACUAGAGUGGACUGACAGUGAGGCUCAUGGACUGACUUGUGUACACCUCACUGGAACCAGAUACGGACUCGAGCUUGCACCAAUCCUGUACCGCUACACGGCGGGACAGAUUGCCCAGGCAUAACGACGCAAACGCAAGAUUGCAACACAUUUUCAUGUGGAAUGAAAGAUUGCUCCGAGCUACUACGCAGUGGUGCUGCUCGUCUAAGUGGUGUGUACACCAUCACCACCCCUCUCACUCACACCAAGAUACAGGUGUACUGUGACAUGGAGACGGAUGGAGGAGGCUGGACGAUUUUCUUCUGACUUUCAAGACGUCGACCUUCCUCUAGAAUAACCAGGAGAAAAGUCUUGCACCGAAAGCCUUGCCCAUGUGACGUAUCCAAACCGAGCCAACUUUCGUCGUUCGACGGUCGCCAGUAGGGGCUCUUGUGGACCAACAAGUGUUGUAGUCAUGUGCCGUACGUACUCGUUCGUCUUAUGCUCCUUUUAGGAGAUGCGGAUCAGUCUUCGGAGACAAACACUAUACAUGUUGAUAACAUGAGUAAGUUUGAAGUGUUUUCAAAUCCAGGUCUUAAAUACAUUCACGAAAUAACCUCAAGUGGUUCUUAUCAACUUCGAGUGGACAUUGUACGUUCGAAUGGAACCAAGGGUUACGAUUUGUAUGGCAACUUCAGUCUGCAACCAGGCGCGAACUACACUUUGAACAUUGGGUCGCGAUUACGGUCAGACGGGGGGUAAAUAACAUCAAAAUUAAAAACAAGCAAUACUGUGCGAAAUGGGAAAUGCUAAUAAGAAGCCGUUAUCAGAGGAAUGUGAUACCGACUCUGAUUCGUCAUCCAGACCCGGUGAAAUUAAACUAGUAGAUCUGUCUGACUCGGAUGGGGAUUUAUUUUCAGAUGACGCCAAAGUUAUUAAAAAUCCAUAUCCAAACACAUCAAAAGAUGUCGAAAAACAUUAUGACGGUGGUACAAAAAUGCAUGAGAUGGGAACCGACCAGACUGGUAUUAAACGAGGUUUCCAAGAUACAGAUUACACCUCAAGUAAAAGGCAAACGCAGCUUUUUUGUGGACCAUGCAACAUUCAACGCAAAAUCGCCAUUGCUAUGACGUUCUGUCCUGUUUGUGACAACGAUCCUUUAUGUGCACUGUGUUCAUCGAUCCACAAUACGUCGCCUGUAACGACAUCGCAUACGUUGUUGGACGUUUCUGCAUAUCCGGCUAAAAACGAAGAGGGCCAUUAUGGGACAGGAUACAAACUUUUCAACAAACCGCUUUUUUGUGGACCAUGCAACAAUCAACGCAAAACCGCCACUGCUAUGGCGUUCUGUCCUGUUUGUGACAACGAUCUCUUAUGUGCACUCUGUUCAUCGAUCCACAAUACGUCGCCUGUAACGAACUCGCAUAUGUUGUUGGACAUUUCUGCAUAUCCGGCUAAAAACGAAGGGGGGCAUUAUGGGACAGGAUACAAACUUUUCAACAACCCGCUUUUUUGUGGACCAUGCAACCUUCAACGCAAAACCGCCAACGCUGUGGCGUUCUGCCCUGUUUGUGACAACGAUCUCUUAUGUGCACUGUGUUCAUCGAUCCACAAUACGUCGCCUGUAACGACCUCGCAUACGUUGUUGAACGUUUCUGCAUAUCCGGCUAAAACCGAAGGGGGCCAUAAUAGGAUAGGAUACAAACCUACCUGCAACCUGUGUCUCAUUCAAAAUAUUGAAACUGAAGCAUUCCUUCAAUGUCAAGAGUGGAAAACACAGCUGUGUGAUUCUUGCAGUAAGCAGCAUAAAGCACAGAAGGCGACCCGUUCUCACAAUCUAAUACACAUAAAUGACGAAACACCUAAGACCAAACGAGCAAGACUUCAACCAGUCGUACAUCAACAUCUCCGGACAAAGAGGACACGAUCGGAUACAAAGAGUCGGAAUCAAAUUGGAAGACAUGUACUUGCGAGUUGAAAGAAUGUACAAUUGUUACAAUAUUCUGGUUUUGAAAUGAAAAUAACACUUGUGCACUCUCUUCCUAUUUUCAAAAAACGUUUCUUAUAAUAUUUUUAGGAAACAUGUGUUCUUUAUAAACCGUAUUUUUUGGUAUUUGCCAAAAACUGAAGAAGGCAAUUAUUCACUAACUUUGUUGAAAACAAACAUUGACCUAGAUAUAAUGCAACUUGCUCUUUGUGCUUUUCUCUACAUAUUACGAAUUAAUCUUUAAAUAAAGCUGUUUUAAUCUAA